GAGACACCUCAGGGUAUAAAAAGGACGAGGCUCUCUUCAGCAGAUACAACUGACCAAGAAGGAGAAACAGUCCUCACCUCUCCUGUAAACAGGCAACAGAGACGCCUCAGCUGAUGAGACCAAGCUAAAGGCUCUGCACUCCAGGAAAACUACUGAAGACUUCUUGUCAACUUUUCUUUUUCAGUCUAUCAGCACACGCUCUUUCCAGAACCUCCACCAUGCCUCCCCAGAUCCAGUCCCAGAACCAGAGCGGUACCAGGAUCCUGCAAGGUGACCUCAACACCCUCAGCACGGCCGUCAGGGAGUUUGUGGAGACCAAUGUGACCCUGUGCCAGCCAGACUCCGUCCACAUCUGCGAUGGCUCCGACGAGGAGAACCUUGCCAUCCUGACCCAGCUGGAGGAGCAGGGGAUGAUCAAGAAGCUCAGCAAAUAUGAGAACUGCUGGCUGGCCAGAACUGACCCGAGGGACGUGGCCCGUGUGGAGAGUAAGACGGUGAUUGUUACCCGGGAACAGAAGGACACGGUGCCCACUCCACUGGGAAGUGGAGUCAGCCAGCUGGGCCGCUGGAUGUCCCCAGAAGAGUUCGACAAAGCCGUGGCUCAGCGGUUCCCUGGCUGCAUGAGAGGUCGGACCAUGUACGUGAUUCCCUUCAGCAUGGGCCCAGUAGGUUCCCCUCUCUCUAAGAUCGGGGUGGAGCUGACAGACUCCCCCUACGUGGUGGCCAGUAUGAGGGUGAUGACCCGUAUGGGGAAGGCUGUGCUGUCUGCUCUGGGGACCGGAGAAUUUGUCCGCUGUCUGCACUCCGUCGGCUGUCCUCUGCCACUCAAACAGGCCCUGGUGAAUAACUGGCCCUGCAACCCUGAGCUGACUUUAGUUGCACACAUCCCAGACUGCCGACAAAUUGUCUCAUUCGGAAGUGGUUACGGAGGAAACUCCCUGCUGGGAAAGAAGUGUUUUGCCCUUCGCAUUGCCUCACGCAUCGCUAAAGAGGAGGGCUGGCUGGCAGAACAUAUGCUGAUCCUGGGCAUCACCAACCCUGCUGGAGAGAAGAAGUACAUGGCUGCAGCUUUCCCUAGUGCCUGUGGGAAAACAAACCUGGCCAUGCUCUGCCCCACGCUGCCCGGCUGGAAGGUUGAAUGUGUAGGAGAUGACAUCGCAUGGAUGAAGUUUGAUGACCAAGGAAACCUAAGAGCCAUUAAUCCCGAGAAUGGCUUUUUCGGUGUUGCCCCCGGCACCUCAGCCAAAACCAACCCCAACGCAAUGGCAACCAUCAUCAAGAACACCAUCUUCACAAACGUUGCGGAGACGAGCGACGGGGGCGUGUACUGGGAGGGAAUGGACGAGUCACUGCCUGAGGGAGUCACCAUCACGUCCUGGAAGAACAAACCGUGGAGCUCAGAUGAUGGCGAACCCUGUGCUCAUCCCAACUCUCGUUUUUGCACUCCGGCCUCACAGUGUCCCAUCAUUGACCCACAGUGGGAAUCCCCAGAGGGAGUCCCGAUUGAGGCCAUCAUCUUUGGAGGGCGCAGACCAGAAGGUGUUCCCCUGGUGUAUGAAGCAUUCGACUGGCAGCACGGCGUGUUUGUUGGCGCCUCCAUGAGGUCAGAGGCCACUGCUGCAGCUGAACACAAAGGCAAAGUAAUAAUGCACGACCCCUUCGCCAUGCGCCCUUUCUUUGGCUACAACUUUGGGCAGUAUCUCUCUCACUGGCUGAGCAUGGCCGAUCGCCCCGGCGCCAAGCUUCCUAAGAUCUUCCACGUCAACUGGUUCCGCAAGAGCCCCACAGCCGGCUUCCUCUGGCCCGGGUUUGGUGAAAACAUCCGCGUUCUGGACUGGAUGUUCAGACGGGUGAAUGGCGAGGCGGGCGCCAUGCCAUCGACGGUGGGCUAUGUGCCUCUUAGAGACUCCCUAAAUGUCCAGGGCCUCCAGGGGCAUGUGGACCUGCAUGAGCUGUUCUCCCUGGACCAGGAAUUCUGGCAAAGGGAGGUGGAUGAGAUCAGGAAAUACUUCACCACGCAGGUGAACGACGACCUGCCUAAUGAGGUGGCUCAUCAGCUGGCUCUCCUGCAGCAGAGGGUGAAACAAAUGUGAAAAGGAAAGUCAGCAGCUGUGAACAACUGUGGGAGAAAUUCUUGUUGUCUGUAAUUCUAAAAUAGAGUCUCAGUAAACCUAGAAUGAUAUAUGAGACAUUUUAGAACUUUAAUUUAGUAAUUGUGAAACAGUAUCUUCAAAUUUGACAACAGAAAAACUCUUUAAUGUAUUCUUCCUUUAAAAUAGAGCCUCAUGACCUUUAUGAAAAGGAGCAACUCUCCUUGUAGCAUCAGGUUUUCACCAUGACACCAUUCUGUAAUCUGAUUGGACGAUUCAAGAAAUCCUCCCCCUUUUUUUUCAGAUUCUUUUUCUGAAAAUGCUCAAGUUAAACGUUCCUGACUGUUCUCAUCCCAACUGCUGAAUUCAGCUGGAAAUGUGACAUUUCCAUGCAUCUAUAUUCACCUGUAGCAGCAAUAUUUUUUUAAAACUGUUGUUCCAGUGUAUCGUCAAAAGUCUUCUAUUUAAUAACUUAUUGUGAAUGUACAUCUUGUUGUCACUGUCAUAUAGAUUUAUGUGGCAGAGACAGCGUCGAGGUUAGCUCAGGUCUAACGAGAGGGAAUUUUGUAGUAUUUCUGCUUUAAUUUAUUUUUAUACUGACUUGUCUCUGUUUUGUUGUAAUCUAAUCCCCCAAUGAGGUGAGACGACAAUAAAAGUAUUUGAACUUA